AUGGCUGAAAAUAAAUUGAUUUCAGAAGAAUGGAAGGAAGAGGUCAAAAUUUUUCUGGAGGCCACUCCGCAGGCCGUUCCAGCAGAUAGAGGUAGCGUGCGUCUGUCAAAGGCUCUCAUGAAUGCUAAGACAGAGGCCUACGCUCCUCGAAUGGUGUCUCUCGGUCCUUACCACCAUUUCUCUGUCAAAGACGAGCCCGUUGGGCCAUUCCACCAACGCCUCACCCAUCUUUCCCAAAUGGAAGUUUACAAGCUCAGAUCCACAAGGAAGGCCGCUAGGAACGAUCCCGAGCUAAUCAAAAAGUUGUUCGCAAGAGUGAGCCAGUCCGACAUGAUAGCCGAAUUCAGGCAGUUUUACGACUGGAAGAUAGAGGAGGACGAUGUUCAAAACUUUGCGUGGAUGAUGAUGAUCGACGCCCUCUUCCUCUCCUACUUUCUCAAAUCUGGGUUUGAGAUUAAUCGACAGGAGUCUACUGUGACUGUGCACAGCGGAGCCUCCAGUGACGUUAUCCUCCCUGCAAAGGCAAGCUUAAGGUGUGAUAUUGUGAAGCUAGAAAACCAGAUCCCUCUUUCUCUUCUCAAAAAAUUGGAUGAGAUUGUUCAUGAGACGAGCACACUUGAUUCUAUCUUCCACUCUCAAAUGAGACAUCUAUCUUCCUUCCAGAUUUCUGAUAUAGAAAAGUUACAUUUCAAUGAAAAGCAUCUGCUGGGCUGUAUCCACAAAUAUGUCUCUUCCUUCCUCCAAGUUAGCGGCGGGGAACAAGAGUCCCCUCCGACUUGGUUUCAGAGGGUUUCGAAUGUCAUGGGAAACCUGAUUGCCCUAGUCUUCAGCUGUUGUUAUCGUCAUCCAGCCAAAUGUGGUCAACGAGAUUUUCUGGACAAAUACAGUGCAAAGGAGCUGCGCAAAGCUGGGAUCAAGUUCAAAUCCUUCAAAGAAAAAGGUAAGAUCAGAUUUUGCAAGAACUCGGACACGCUUUAUCUUCCUCAGAUAACAAUUUCGGACACGUACACUGAAGUGCUGUUGAGGAAUUUGCUGGCAUUGGAGUUCAAUGAGGGGGCGCAAGAGAAACUCGUGACAAACUACGUGGAAUUGAUGGACUGCCUGAUCGACACACCUGAAGAUGUGGACUUGCUGCGAGAAAACCAUGUGAUUGAUCGACAGAGCAUGAUGAUUACUGACGAGUACGUGGCCAAGAUGUGGGACGGUAUGUCUAAGCCUUUUUUUCUUGCAGGUUUUCUGGAGCUUCCCGGGGGUCUGAAAGCUCAGAUCAGAGAAGUGUUAAUAAAAAAUUACUACAAAAGCAAGAUUAAGACUCAGUUGUCAGAACUAUAUUCCGAGUAUCUGUCAAGUCCAUGGAAGGUAAUGGCUUUGUUGGUUGGAAUUAUUGUACUGGUGUUGACUGUACUACAAACAUUCUGCUCUGUGCAUAGUUGUCAGGCAGAGCAGAGUACAACAAGCAAUGCCCGCAAGCGUUUCAGGCCUUUCGGAUAG